GCCUGAUAUUUCUCUGUCCUCCUUUCUACAUCCCUCCCCUCUCCUAGAAGCCUCUUAUGCCUAUUACCAGGCGGGGAUGGUUUAAUUUCUUUCUUUCUUCGUUGGUUUUAGAUGAAUGGCGUUUCUCUUGGAUACUGGGAUUGGCAUGGUUUUGAUGGCCUUUCGAGAGUAAGAAAGUGAAGAAGGGGAGGAGGAGACAGGGAAGGAAGGUUGGAUUGGAGAAGAGACCAGAUUGGUUUUGUGUUUCUUGCCUGUAUCCGAAAGAAGAUUAAUCAUCUCGGAGAUUGUAAGGAAAUGGGGAGAGUAUAUGUCGUGGAGUUGGAAGGGAAGAUCUACAGAUGUAAAUUCUGCCUCACCCACUUGGCGCUUCUAGACGACCUAGUCUCCAAGGCUUUUCAUUGUCGUCGAGGCAAGGCAUAUCUUUUCAAUAAUGCAGUGAACAUUAUCGUUGGAGAUCAAGAAGAAAGGCUGAUGAUUUCUGGCAUGCACACUGUAGCAGAUAUAUUUUGCUGCUGCUGUGGGCAAAUAGUUGGUUGGAAAUACGAGGCAGCUCAUGAGCAGACUCAAAAAUAUAAAGAGGGGAAAUAUAUUCUAGAAAGAGGGCGGAUAAUUGAUGGAAUAGAUCCAGAAUUGUACCUUGAUACGCAAAUGGGUGGCAGUGAUGCUGAGGAUGCUUAGUUCAUACGUCUGUGUAUGUAAUCAUGUUAGCUUGUAUAUAGAGAGAUCAGAUAGUUGAGUGCUGUUAACGGCUGGGGAUACCUUCCUUUUGGUUCCAUUAUCCCACUGCCCCUCUGUAGAAACCUUUUUUUUUUUUUCCUGUUUUGCGAGGACAUUUUUAUUUAGCCAAACCUCUAUUUCUGUGAGAAAGUUACUAGUUAUAUGUAAUUCAAUAAUUUCUGAAUUUUGGAAA